UCAGUUUUCUAGAUGUUUUUCUUAAACCAAUAUGCAUCCGCUAUUAUUUCAAAACCAGUUCUUUUUGCAAAUAAGGGACAUUAUUGUUUAAUUGCUGCCUUGCGAUUUCGCAUCGAAGAUCGAUUACCCUUCCCAUCGGCGUUAAGGCGCACCAAUCACGCCACCAGCGACGAUCGAUGUUUCAUAACCCAGCCAGUUAUUCCCGAAAUAACUUCACCACCGCAACACAACCGACGCGCUUUCGGCUGGGAUUCAGUCGACCGGACGUGUGUAGUCGGGAGGAUGUCUUGCAAAGUGUAACAGCUAUUUCCCGAUGUCCAUGCGCUCAAAAAUGUGCUUGGAUAGUCCCGUUAAGGGUAUCGACGGCGAUCGUUGCCAGUGCUCCCGGAAGCAGGUCUGCAGCGAUGCUGGCUGCAGUGGCAGUGCGCCCUGCAGAAUGACCGCCGAUACCAGUGUCCAGUCCGAGUGCGGGGCAGUUGCGCCUGCCGCGCGGUUCCCCACUGUUCCAACGGGGAAUCCGGCUACGAGUCGGGAUCAUCGCAGCCUGGUACCGACCACUUUGAUUAUGUGGAAUUUGAAGGGAAUAUUGAGGGUGUGGAUUUUGACGGGGAUAUCGAUGGUAUAGAGUUUGAUGAUAAUUUUGACGGUGUUGACUUUGAGGACGGGGCUAAUGUGUUGAGUGCAGUGGAGAUGCUGCGACCGACGUCGUGGCUGUCCGCGAGGGAAUCGUCAUCCUCACCGACGCCGCGGGCCCAUGUGGCGAAAUUCCUUUGUCCGCGCUAUAAGGUGUAUGAGGAUGCGCCGUCGGAUACGGAAAUCUUUACGGGGCCCGCUGGAGGUGAUGUGGCCAUUGAGUCCUGUGGAUGGGAGGUGCAGAUUUUCGUUGAUAGAAAACCCGAGGUUAUUUGUACGGAUCGCCUUGUGGUCCGCGAUGCUGACGUCGGAACUAUUCAGAUUAAUGAUUUCCUUAUUGAGCCGGAUAGCGAUUUAGGGUGUGGAUCGUUUUAUACGUUUCGUUUGGCAUCUUCUACAAAAGAUCAUGGGCUGUAUGCUAUCAAGUCAAUUUCCAAACGAAAAGCUCAGAAAAACUCCAUGCUAUUCAAACAGUCAAAAAAUCCGUUUUUGAACAUUGAGAGGGAAACAUCGAUACUAAAGAAAAUCUAUCAUCCGAACAUCGUCAAACUAUUCGAGAUUAUGGACGAUCCGGAAGAAGACAAUAUGUAUUUUGUAUUCGAAUACAUGGACCGUGGUUGCAUUUUAACCAUUCCAACUGAUACUCCAUUGAAAGAAUCAGUGGCCAUAUCGUACAUGCGCGAUGCUUUGUACGGCGUGGAAUAUCUGCAUUCGAAGAAUAUCAUCCAUCGCGAUCUCAAACCGGAAAACAUGUUGUUGAAUUCCUUUGGGAGGGUAAAGUUAAUCGAUUUUGGAUUGAGUUUCGUCCAUGAAGAGGGAAAUGACAUCACUCGUCUACCCUACGGUACGCCGUCGUUUACUGCUCCGGAAUGUCUGGAUGGAGAAUUACCGGAAGGCUAUUCGGCACGAGCCAUGGAAAUGUGGGCGUUGGGUGUCACGUUGUUUGCACUGCUGUUUGGACAGGUGCCCUUCUAUCACGAUAAUCUCUUUGAACUCUACCGGAUGAUCCAGGAAGACCCGGUUGUUACUCCCACCAAAACAUGUUGUCACAUCUCGCUGAAUGUCCGUGUUUUGUUAAGAGGGAUGCUGGAAAAGAAUGUUAAAGAGCGCUUAAAGUUGAAGGAUAUCUUGUCUUCGACGGUGUUCCUUUGGAAAAAUUCAUCCUAUUAUCUUCCGGAGCGUUGUACGACCUGCCAGUAUUAUAGUCCUAAAUCUUGCCAUCCGGUUCCGGUAUGAGUGCGCUUCAUAUGGAAUCAACUUCGAGUUUAUUCAGAUCAUUUAUUCAUGUGUUUCAUUCAGUCUUUCCAAAUUCAGACAGCUGUUUUAUUGUGACGGUUGCGAAACGAUUAAGAUAACAAUGUGCAACCUGACGUUUUCGGCUUAAAUCGAUACUUUUUAGCUUUUAUUUUUCAGAUCUGGAUAAUUUUGCCUGAUUAGAGUUAACUUUAUCUGCAGAAUGUAUAUCUCUUUAGUCAACCGUAAAAUUUUUAAGUUUGUUUGAAUUUAUAAUUUGUGAUAUGGAAUACAUUUCGUGAAAAAACAUUAUUAAAACGAAUAG